AUGAGUAACUUGGAAACGUUAAUCAUUCAUGACAGCUCAAAACCACAGGCUGCUAAAAAUUCUCUGUUGAAAACUGAUUAUGGCAAUAUGUGCAGAACCUCUAUUCCUGCUCAAAACUACAACUUUAACUAUAAUCUAAACGAUAAUAGCUACAUGUUCAGGUCUAAUAUAAGCAACGGAUGCAGUAAACUUACUGUCAUCAACAGAACAUUCUUCGACACGAUGCCAAGUUUAGAGACACUGGACUUGUCAAGUUGUCAGCUCAGUGGUCAGUUUAUGACAGAGUCUGGGGGAAGAUUGUUCCAGAAUCUUCAAUAUUUAAAGCAGCUUGAUCUGUCUUUUAAUCAACUGGCGUUUCUUAGCCCUGAAAUUUUCUACAACAAUGUCAAUCUCAAAGAGCUUUUUCUUGCAGGAAAUAGGUUCAGGAAAAUUCCAUUUACUUUAAAGAACACACCUAAGCUAAGUGUCUUGGACAUGAGAUUUAAUGAACUGACAAGACUUCCUGUCGAAAUAAGAAAUAAUUUGGACCAAAUUUUUAAAGAAAACAAGGAGUUCAGCUUUUAUUUAGAAGGAAAUGUUUUAUCUUGUGGAUGCCAUGACAUUCAAUUCUUACAGUGGAUACAGCUGACAGUUGUAAAUAUGGAUAUGUUCAGGAAUUAUUCGUGUGUUGAUAACGACGGAGUUUUAACAUACACGGCAGCUUUUUCAGAUCUACAAAUUUACUGGCGUCAGUGCUGGGGAACUUUGUUCCUGUAUCUUUCUGUGAUCCUGUUUUGUCUACUUAUCAUUGGAUUUGUGUUGUGUUUUUUUGUUACCAAGUAUAAGACGUACAUCAUAUCUGGACUGCUGAAUUUGUUUAGUGAAACCUUUCUAAAGAAACCUUCCAACUACGAGAUUGGUGUCUUCAUUGGUUAUGCUGAUAGAGAUUACCAGUUCGCUUGUCAUGACCUCAGGAAGUUUAUCGAGGACACGCUGGGGUUAACGACCUUUAUUCGUGACCGUGACCUAUCACCUUCAACUGACCUCGCGUCUGGGAUUAUCGAUGCUAUAAAUAGAAGUUGGCGCGUGCUUCUGGUCGUGAACGAAACUUUUCUCUCGCAAGACGAUUGGUUCCUCUACACAUGCAGGUCAGCCAUAUCCAACCUGACGCCCGCUAAUCCUAAUCUCAUUGUGAUUAUGGUUGACAGCCAGUUACGUCAUCGUUUACCACGUGACAUCAUGGGGGCGGUGUCUGAGGAAAACAUCAUCGUCAUGAACGAGGGGAGGAGACUCAAGUAUGACGUCACGGAGAAGCUGAGAACUCGAUUACUAGCCUAA